UUCAGCUGAGUUCAGAAACUCAAGAAACUGAAGUUUGAUCACAUUUACAGUCACCUGCUGAACAACAACAUGCUGCGACGGUGUGUCAUCUUGCUCUUCGCUCUUGCUGCUGUUUCUCUGACAGCUCCAGUUCCUGAGAGCCCAUCAGAUGACGAGAGAAGUGCAGCACUGCUGGCUCACCUCAAUGAAGAACCAACAGGUGAACCUGUGACACCACCACCAGCAGCUUCAGAUGACAGCGAUUUAAAGGAUUCAGCUUCACAGAAAACAAACAAAACUGAUGAUGCUGAGGACGCUGCAGCCAGUACAGAGACUGUUGACAGCGCCAUCACUGACGACAACAGGGACUCGAACACUGGCGGUGACUCUGAGGCUGAGGCUGACUCCGACUCUGAUGUAACCACAGCAGACGAGGAUGACAGCCAGGUCGAUGACGACAAGGAGGACUCAAACACUGGCGGUGACUCUGAGGCUGAGGCUGACUCCGACUCUGAUGUAACCACAGCAGACGAGGAUGACAGCCAGGUCGAUGACGACAAGGAGGACUCAAACACUGGCGGUGACUCUGAGGCUGAGGCUGACUCUGAUAUAACCACAGCAGACGAGGAUGACAGCCAGGUCGAUGACGACAAGGAGGACUCAAACACUGGCGGUGACUCUGAGGCUGAGGCUGACUCUGACUCUGAUGUAACCAUAGCAAACGAGGACGACAGCCGGGUUGAUGAUGACAGCAUGACUCUGGAGGAGGGGGAGGAGGCAGACAGUGAGGAGGCAAUUGGGGGGGAGAGUGCAAAGGAGGAGGGAGACGAUGAGAUGUCAGAGGAGGUGGAGCCAGCUGAGGGAGAGUCAGAGGUGACCGCAGACAGCAGCAAGGAGAAUGACGACAGCAUGGUCGCAGACCAAGAGAAGGAUGUUGCAGAAGACAGCGACACGAGUGAGACUGACAGUGAUAGCAGUGAUGUGGACAGUCAGGACAGCAUCUCCGACAGUCCGGACCGCACCUCUGACAGUCAGGAAGGCACCUCUGACAGUCAGGAAGGCAUCUCCGACAGUCAGGAAGGCACCUCCAACAGUCAAGACAGCAACUCCGACAGUCAGGAAGGCAUCUCCGACAGUCAGGAAGGCACCUCCAACAGUCAAGACAGCAACUCAGACAGUCAGGAAGGCACCUCUGACAGUCAGGAAGGCAUCUCCGACAGUAAGGAAAGCAACUCCGACAGUCAGGAAGGCACCUCCGACAGUCAAGACAGCAUCUCCGACAGUAAGGAAGGCAUCUCCGACAGUAAGGAAAGCAACUCCGACAGUAAGGAAAGCAACUCCGACAGUCAGGAAGGCACCUCCGACAGUCAAGACAGCAUCUCCGACAGUCAAGACAGCAUCUCCGACAGUCAAGACAGCAUCUCCAACAGUCAGGAAGGCACCUCCGACAGUCAGGAAGGCAACUCCGACAGUCAGGGAGGCACCUCCGACAGUCAGGACAGCAGUGACAUGCUGGACUCUGAGAUCACUGAGGAGGAGGAGGAGCUGAACCAGGAUGACUCUGUGAAACCGGAUACUGAAGAACCUGUGGAGUGGAGCUCAGAAACUCUUGACUCCACUGAAGCAACACCAGUGGACCAGCCGGAUGACUCCAUCCCUGCCACCACAGAGGUCAUGAAUUAGACGCUCAGCCUCUGAAGUGUGGACGCUCAGCAGCUGCAGAGAAAGUCCACAGCCUCCACAGUGGAACACAGUCGCCAUGACAACAACGACAACAACAACAACAACAAGCUAAACUGCAACUAAAC